UAGCCUCUCCCAUCCAAAUAAAACUCCAACUUAUCUCCCUCAAUACAAUUACUCAGUCUUCCUCCUCCUCCUCCCAUGGCUCCCUUACUCCACACGCACCAAAUCCAUCCCCGCACCACCUUAAACCGCCUCCACUUCCUUCUCUACUCCUUAUCCCUCCUCCUCCUCCUCCACCACCAUACCACCACCCCCUCCUUCCUCCUCCUCCUCGCCGACGUCUUCCUCGCCUUCCUGUGGCUCCUAUCCCAAGGCUUCCGCUGGCGCCCCGUUCGCCGCUGGGAGUUUCCCGAACUACUCUCUAAAGUCACAGCCAGCAAGGAUUUUCCGGCUUUAGACGUCUUCAUCUGCACCACCGACCCUUAUAAGGAGCCGCCGGUGGGCGUGGCGAGCACCGCCCUUUCUGCUCUAGCCUUCGACUAUCCUUCCGAUCGCUUAUCUGUCUAUGUUUCCGAUGAUGGAGGUUCAGACCUCACGCUCUUUGCCUUCUUCGAAGCUGCUAAAUUUGCUAGGUGUUGGCUGCCGUUUUGCAGAGAGAAUGGAGUCAUGGAGAGGUCCCCUGAAGCUUACUUCCAGUCCAGUGGUUGCGAUGUUGAAGCAGAGAAAAUGAAGGUGAUGUUUGAAAGCCUUAAAGAAAGAGUGGAUUGUGCUAUGGAAAAAGGUUAUGUUGACCUCAACUUAGUGAACUCUCUUGAGGAAAAGGAAAUUUUCAAGACAUGGAAAAACUUCACUCGUAAAGACCAUCCUUCAGUAAUCCAGGUUCUCUUGGAAAGCAAGAAGGAUAAGGACAUCACUGGCCAUCCCCUCCCAAAUCUGAUCUAUAUCUCUAGGGAGAAACGCCCAGCUUCUCUUCACAACUUCAAGGCCGGAGCCCUCAAUACACUCCUUAGAGUCUCCGAAACCAUGACGAACGCACCGCUGAUCCUCACCUUAGAUUGUGACAUGUGUUCCAACGAUCCUUAUGCACCUAAAAGAGCUCUCUGUUACUUUCUAGACAAGGACUUUUCACCAAACCUUUCCUUCGUCCAGUUUCCACAGAGAUUUACUGGACUUAACAAAAAUGAUAUCUAUAAUGGUGAGUUCAGGCGGGUAUUUACUCUCGGUGAACAAGGCUUAGAUGGAUUACAAAGUGCCAACUACCUUGGAACCGGCUGCUUCUUCUCCCGUGGAUCACUUUAUAGUUCUCCUCCGAUGGCAAUGCCUUCUUUUGAUGAAUUCAAAUUACAUAGUUGCUUGCUGAGCUCAGAGCUUAUUUUGCUGAAAGCUCAUGAAGUAGCUAGUUCUGAAUAUGAGCAUGGUCGUAAAGAGUGGGGUUCUCAGUUAUAGAUUGGGUUCAGGUAUGGUUCUCUAGUGGAAGACUACUACACCUGUUACAGAUUACAUUGCCAGGGAUGGAGGUCUGUGUUUUGUAACCCAGACAGGCCAGCCUUUCUCGGAGAAGCACCCAAGAGUUU